UUCCGACUAAACUAUGUUUUAUUAAUUCAAGACGAAAAGAUUAACUCUCCCAGGCACGCUUUCCGAGAAGCGCCGUUUAGAUGGAUCUCUAUCGCUCCAGCUCCGUCGCUCGUUCUUUGGCUUGAUGCAGUACUGCUCCUCCUGUUUGAAGAUGAUGGUGACAGCUCGCCCUCCUUCACAGUCCAGACCUCCUCCAGAUCCGCCGCCGAACAGACACCAUCUCACUGAAUCUCCCGUCGAUCCACCAGAACCUCCAGACCCACCAGAUGCCUCCGUCAGCCACGUUCUUCUUCGAAUCCUCGUCACAUCCUCUAGCUCUUCUCCACAAGCUACUCAAAUCCUAGAUCUGUCAAGGGUUUCGACUAAGCUCAGUGGUGGUGGAGCUGCUCUUAAGUUCAUUGUUGAGACUAUCUUUGUCUACUGGUGUUCCUCUCCUGUGGUAUACAGGUCGUAUCUUUUCCAGCUUGUGAAUGGGUCUUCUCUUAACUCUUAUUCCAGCCUUCCUUUUCUCCAUCCGCUUAUAGACUUCCAGGUUCAUUUUAGCUCUUCACUCUCUGUUUACCCCUCUUCUGUUGAAUGGGAUUCAAGGCUAGACGGGUGGGUGACACUGAAGUUAUUGGGUUGUGCUUUAAUUUGUGAUGUGCUGUUGGACUCAGUGUCCUUUGGUUAUAUCUUUGAGCCUGGUAAUGGCUUCUUUGUUGCAUUGUGGGAACUCCAUACUGUGGUAUACAGUCUUGUUUCUCAAGUAGUUUUGGUUGGUUUCUCCUUUAUGGAGCAUGUUUCUCUCCUAUAUUUUCCACUUGUUUAUGGUGGUUACAUUGCAGGGAAUUCUUAUUCGAAAGUUACAAAUGCUGUGUCUUUUGUUAUGAUAAAAGGCUCAUUAAAUCAGUGCUUUGUUGCUCUUGAUUGUAAAGCCAAAAUUCUGAUUGAUAAUUCUGCACUAGUUGCAAAUUCAAUCCCAGGUAUUAGAUCACUGAAUGUGUUCUCUGAUUCUGAAGGCAUCAUCUCAUUUUCUAGCAAUCUUGUCAUUGAGUUUAGAGGACUGCUCAAUGACUCUGUUUGUUUGAAUGUUUGUAUGCUACUAUCCUUUGUAUUUCAGUUUAUGUUCUCUGUUUUGCACUUGUUGCAGCAGAUUUUAGCAUGUAUGGCUCAGUUAUGUAUUGAUGUAAACAAUUCCUCCUUAGAUGGAGUGUGGUGAUUUAUAAAAUAUUGUGUUUGAU